CUCCCAAAACCUCAAAAACCCUAGCAAUGGCGAUUAGGGUUCUUCUCACUAGAUCUCCCAUUCUCUCCAAGUUCCCCAAUAUCCAAACAAACCCAAUUCAAAAAAUCCAAUCUUUUACAAAAACUCCAAAUCUCCCGCCAAAAAUUCCCUCCAGAUUUCAAGAAAAUCCUCAAAUUAAGCACCUGAUACCUGUCUCCAAUCUCCUGCGAAGGUACGGACUCCCUUCAUCUCGCCUUCACGAAUUCCUUCAAAAGAAUCGAUUUUUAUUGAAAUCCAAUCCGUCGGAUAUUGAAAAGUCUCUGGGCAUUCUCCUAUCUUUCAAAUUAUCGCAGAAAUCUCUCGUUUCUAUCCUGAUUUCUUGCCCUAGGGUUUUAGAAUUAGGGUUUCUGAGAAAAUGGGAGAUGGGUUUUUCAGAAUUAGGAUUUCAGAAUGCUACUCCGUCUCUAAUUCAGAAUGUUCUAGAACAAUUUGGACGAUUCCAGAUCGAUCCGGAUGAGUUUUUCCAGAAUUUACGGGUUCUGAAGGAUGCUGGUCUUAGUGAUGAGACUUUAAUCAAGGUUCUAACGGAAUGCCCGCGAUUAGUUAUGGUAAAAGGAUGUGAUCUUGACCAUUGGAUCGAGUUUUUCAAGGGAAUUGGGGUCAGAUGCUAUGAAUUCGAUAGGAUCUGCUAUUUGUUUCCAGGGGUUUUAGGUUUGCGCAUUGAAAAUCAGUUGAGAUCGUUGUUCGAAGAGUUCGAUGAAUUGGGUUUUGGUUGGAUUGAGGUUCGGAAGGCAGUCAUCCGGGACCCACGAGUUCUUAGUAUGGAAGUCGGGGAGCUCUCUUACUACAUUCAAUUUCUUCGAAAUUUGAAAUGUAGGCUACCCAUUAAGGAGAAAAUUACACAUAAUGGCAUUUUUCAAGCAGGCAUGGAAGUGAAAUCCAGAGUCGAUUGCUUGUGCAGACAUGGUUUGAUCCGCAGGGAAGCUUUCAAGGUGUUGCAGAGAGAGCCGAGAACGAUCAUAUAUGAAUUGGAGGAUGUAGAGAAGAAGAUUGAUUUCUUGUUAUAUAGUAUGAGAUUUGGGAUUGAUUGUCUCCUCGAAGUUCCGGAGUAUUUAGGUGUGAAUUUUGAGAAACAGAUAGUUCCUCGGUACAAUGUUAUUGAGUAUCUGAGAUCGAUAGGCGGGCUUGGUUUCGACGUGGGUUUGAAGGGUAUGAUAAGGCCCAGUCGGCUUAAGUUUUACAACCUUUACGUGAAGCCUUAUCCAGAGUGUGAGAAUAUUUUCGGGAGAUUUCCUAGAGAUGUUGAAGUGAGAACGAGACAACCGGUUGGGUUGUGGAAGCUGUUUAAGCCACAAAAAUUCCCUGAUUCAAAAGAGGACUUGAAGAACAUGAAGUCAUUCAUGGAAGCAUUGGUUUAGUGCAGUUGGUUUGACAGACUAGAACAUCCAAUCUUUGCCCAUUCAUUCUCAAUACAAUGUUUUUUUAAAAGCAUCUGAGAUCGAUAGGUGGGUUUGUUUUCUAUGUGGGGUUGAAGGGACUGAUAAGACCGAGUCAGCUUAAGUUUUACAAUCGUUUUGUGAAGCUUAUCUGAGUGUGAGAAGAGUUUUGGGAGAUUUCCGAGAGACGUUUAAGUGAGAACAAGACAUCCAGUUGGGUUGUGGAAGCUGUUCACAUGACAAAAAUUCCCUGAUGUGAAUGAGGACUCGAAGAACAUGAAGUCAUUCAUGGAAGCUUUGGUUUAGUGGAGCUGGUUUUGCAGAUUAGACCAUCCUUGCUUGCACCCGUUAAAUCUUUGGCCUUGCAUCCUCCAUACAUUGUUAUUGACUAUCUGAGAUCAAUUGGCAGACUCGGUUUUUUACGAGGGGUUGAAGGGUCUGAUAUAGCCGAGUCAUCUUAAGUUCUAAAACCUUUUCCUUAAGCCUUACCUGCAAUGUGAGAAGAUUUUCAGGAGAUUUUUGAGAGAUGUCAAGAAGUAGACACUACUUGGAUUGUGGAAGCUGUUUAAGCCUAAAAAAGUCCCUGAUUCGAAAGAGGAUUGGAAGAACAUGAGGUCAUUCAUGGAAGCUUUGGUUUCAUAGAGUGGGUUUUGCAAACUAGAGCAUUCUUUGUUGCUCCCAUUAAAUCUUGGACAAUGCAUCUUGAAAUGAAAGGUUCAGAUGAGAUGGUGGCUUAACCAUGCUACUGGCAAGGGUCCGAACUGCAGAGGAACUUUAUGAUUUUCAUUUGGAAGGAUAUACAUAGCAUCCUUGAAGCCUUGGGGUUUCAGUUUGUACAAGCGGGGUCCAUGUCUAGUGAUCUAGAUUGUUGAUCUGAUGGGCCAGAGCAUGGGCGGAUCAUGACCCGAGAAUCUCCUAGGUUGGAAAAUCCUCGCCAUCCAAGCUUAAGCCAUUUCUGCAUUUCACAACUGUCUAUUUCCAGCUUGAGGUUUGGUGUGCAAGGCUGUAAGUUUAUCAUCACACCGUAGAUUCCUGAGAUUAAUAUGUUGAGAGCUGGGGAGGAAAAAAUGUCAUUUGAUGGGCUACCCUCGGUUUCCAUGGCUUGCUUUUUGGAAUGCAUUCUACGUCAUCUGCUUGUCUCUUGAGAGGCUCAAUUCUUCUGGAUUUGAAGCUAGAAAUGAUCAUGCAGCAUGUGAAGGGAUGCUUGGGGGAAGGUAUUUUGAGUUUCCAAGUACAAGUUCACUCACCGCACAUUCACCCGUCUCCAUAUAAACCAUUACACAGUACAGAUGCCAACUUGGCAAGUUUCUGGGGCAUCUGAGCUAUGGCAUAAGGUGGUCCCCAUUGUGAAAAUGAUCAUUUGCAAAAAUAUGAUGGUCCUCAUUAGGUGGGUUACAUGUGUAUGCUGAAUGUGGACAGUUUGCAAGCGUUUUUUUUUUCCUUCUUCUUUCUUUCUUUCCUUCUUUGUUUUUUUCUUUUAAAUUUCCUUUCUUUUGAAAAGUGGUGGCCCAUCCUAUGCAUUGCUCGUAUAUCCCACUCGCUUGCUAGGGUAGCAUGCAUUCUGCGUAAAGGUGCAUAUGGUGCUAGCAAAUCUCUUUCAAGUUUACGUGGUAAAAAAUGAGUAAGAAUCACCCAUGGUUUAAGUAUCACCUGAGUCAUAUUGGUUUUGGUACGAUAAUGGAAUGAGUCACUAGACUAGGCUGAUGAGACUAAAACAGGACUGAAACCAAUGGUUGGGGCAAGUUUUGGUCCCCAGGUGGCGCUCCAAACCGCUAUUUACACCCCUUGUUCAACAUCUAUAGCUCUUUUCUAGGCAUUGUAUCUUCAUUGUAAAUUUGCACCACUUGUAGAGAAUGGUGUUUCCCCCAUUGUGAACAUUUUCUGGCAUAAAUCUACUAUUGAUUCUUAA